GUUUCACUGGGACAAUAGUGAGUGGUGCACACUUCCUUCGCCCGGCCACAGAACAACAAAAAGAGUUGCUGGUGUAACAAUAGGAAGAAUAUAUUCCACUCCUCUCUUGUACACGCGGCUUAUGAGAAGGAAGAACAAGGAGAGGAUAUUGCGCGUAAAAGUAAAGCCAACUAAUCACAGCUCUGUAGUCCUGGUCACCGUUGACGUGAGGUGGGACUAUUUUGGAGGUGCACGUCAAGGUUGGCUGAUGAACGCUGGUCAAGAAGAACGUCCCCUUCAGCAGCAGGAGGAUCCACAGCCCCCCCACAUUAAAGAGGAAGAGGAGGAUCUCUGGGUUACCCAGGAGGAAGAGUUUCUUCCAGGGCAGGAGGAGGCGGAUCUCAGCAAGUUUCCACUGACUGUUGUCUCUGUGAAGACUGAAGAGCAUGAAGACAAACCACCUGAGUCCUCACAGCUUCAUCACAGUCCAAACGUCUGUGAAGAACAUCUUCACCCUGAGCAACAGAAGUGGAGCUUCAGGAUGCAGACGGAGGAGCCACAGCCCUCCCACAUUAAGAAGGGAGAGGAAUACCCACUGAUCCCCCAUUUUAAAGAGGAAGACGAGGACUCACUGACACCCCAUUUUAAAGAGGAAGCGGUGGAUCCACUGAGCCCUCACAUUAAAGAGGAAGAGGAGGAACACAGCAUCAGUCAGCAGGGAGAGCAUCUUGAAGGACUGGAGGAGUUUACAGUGAUUAGUGUGAUUGUGAAGAGUGAAGGUGAUGAGGUCAAAGGUGAGAGUGAGGAGAGGGGAGGGGGGGAGCCUCCAAGCAGCAGCUCAACUCAACACAUGACAACAGAAGCUGAUGGAGACCACUGUGGAGGAUCACAAGCAGACAAGCUCUUAGCUCCACUAUCAGAUAGUGAGGACACAACGUCACACUCUCCUGACACUGAUGAUGAAGACUCUAAAGAUGAUAAGACAUGUCACACUGACAACACACACUUCACAUGUUCUCUCUGUGACAAAACUUUUAAAUAUCGUAGUAAAUUGAAAAGACACAUGAGAACACACACUGGAGAAAAAUCCUUUUCAUGCUCAAUCUGCGGGAAAGGUUUUAUACUAAGUGGUUAUUUGAAAAAACACAUGAGAACACACACUGGUGAAAAACCUUUUAUUUGUUCAAUCUGUGGUAAAGGUUUUACAGAAAGUCAGAAUUUGAAAAGACACAUGAGAAUACACACUGGUGAAAAACCUUUUAUUUGUUCAAUCUGUGGUAAAGAUUUUACUCAAAGGCAGGAUUUGAAAACACACAUGAGAAUACACACUGGUGAAAAACCUUUUUCUUGCUCAGAAUGUGCGAAAAGUUUUGUAAGAAAUCAACGUUUAAAUGUACACAUGAGAACACACACUGGAGAAAAACCUUUUUCAUGUUCAAUCUGCGGUAAAGAUUUUUCUCGAAGGGACCAUUUCAAAACACACAUGAGUACACACACGGGAGGAAAACCUUAUACAUGUUCAGUAUGUUGUAAAAGUUUUAUACAAACUAGGUAUUUGAAAAGACACAUGAAAACACACACAGCAGAGACAGUGUUGAGUUGCAGUGUGUGUGGUGAAAGAUUCUCUUCUAAGUCCCAGUGUAAGAAACACAAGUGUGCUGGUGAGAACAGCAGCAGCAAAUGAAGAUGCAGGAUUUGAAAUAAACUGUCAAAACUU